ACAAUUUCUUCUUUCUUUUAUUCUUCCCCCUCUCUCUCUCUCUCUGUUCUUAUUAAGCUCAGACAGCGGACACACAUCACUUAAACUCUCCCCCUUCUUUCUCUCUCCUUCACUUUCUCACUUAACCACACUCUCUCUCUCUCUCUCUCUCUCUCUCUCUUUCUCCUCUGUAUUUUAAUUCCGUUUAAAUUGUCUUCAGAUUCUUGAAAAGAAACUUCUCAGCUUCAAUUGUACCCAAAGGCUUAUUAUGUGUCCUCAAUUCUGAUAAUGCUUCCUUCAUCCAGUUAGUGUUUCUCAUCACUCUUUAAAUUGUAAUCCACAUGUCGGAUUUGGUCUUUCGCUACAAGCCACGACCAUAGAAUCUUCUUUGUCUGAACCAAAAAACAAAAAAGACUUUCAAUUUACGUUUCUCUUAAGAAACUGAAACAUAAACAGACGGACUUUCCUAAGAAAAAACAAAUAAUUAAUUAAAAAAGAAGUAAAGAAGAAGAAGAAGAAAGUUUGGAGAAAGAAGAUGGAGAUGGCGGUGGCGAAUCACCGAGAGAGAAGCAGUGAUAGCAUGAACAGACAUUUAGACAGCAGCGGCAAGUACGUCAGGUACACCGCUGAGCAAGUCGAGGCCCUCGAGCGUGUCUACGCCGAGUGUCCCAAGCCUAGCUCGCUCCGGAGACAGCAGUUGAUCCGUGAAUGUUCUAUCUUGGCCAACAUCGAGCCUAAGCAGAUCAAAGUCUGGUUCCAAAACCGGAGGUGUCGAGAUAAGCAGAGGAAAGAGGCGUCGAGGCUCCAGAGCGUAAACAGGAAGCUUUCGGCUAUGAACAAGCUGUUGAUGGAGGAGAACGAUAGGUUGCAGAAGCAAGUUUCUCAGCUCGUCUGUGAAAAUGGAUACAUGAAGCAGCAGCUUACUACUACUGUUGUGAAUGAUCCAAGCUGUGAUUCUGUGGUGACAACUCCUCAGCAUUCGCUUAGAGACGCUAAUAGUCCUGCUGGGCUGCUCUCGAUCGCAGAGGAGACAUUGGCAGAGUUCCUAUCCAAGGCUACAGGAACUGCUGUUGAUUGGGUUCAGAUGCCUGGGAUGAAGCCUGGUCCGGAUUCGGUUGGGAUCUUUGCUAUAUCGCAAAGAUGCAGUGGGGUGGCAGCUCGAGCCUGUGGUCUUGUUAGUUUAGAGCCUGUCAAGAUUGCAGAGAUACUCAAAGAUAGGCCAUCUUGGUUCCGUGACUGUAGGAGCCUUGAAGUCUUCACUAUGUUCCCGGCUGGUAACGGCGGCACCAUUGAGCUCGUCUAUAUGCAGACAUAUGCACCAACGACUCUGGCUCCUGCCCGCGAUUUCUGGACCCUGAGAUACACAACGAGCCUAGACAAUGGCAGUUUUGUGGUUUGUGAGAGGUCACUCUCUGGUUCUGGUGCUGGUCCUAACGCUGCAUCAGCUUCUCAGUUUGUAAGAGCAGAAAUGCUUUCUAGUGGGUAUCUAAUAAGGCCUUGUGAUGGUGGCGGUUCCAUUAUUCACAUUGUCGAUCACCUUAAUCUUGAGGCUUGGAGUGUUCCCGAUGUGCUUCGACCCCUUUACGAGUCAUCUAAAGUCGUAGCACAGAAAAUGACCAUUUCAGCAUUGAGGUAUAUCAGGCAACUAGCUCAAGAGUCUAAUGGUGAAUUAGUGUAUGGAUUAGGAAGACAGCCUGCUGUUUUAAGAACAUUUAGCCAAAGAUUAAGCAGGGGUUUUAAUGAUGCGGUUAAUGGGUUUGGUGACGACGGAUGGUCUACAAUGCAUUGUGAUGGGGCUGAAGACAUAAUCGUUGCUAUUAACUCUACAAAGCAUUUGAAUAAUAUGUCUAAUUCUCUUUCCUUCCUUGGAGGUGUCCUUUGUGCCAAGGCUUCUAUGCUUCUCCAAAAUGUUCCUCCUGCGGUUUUGAUCCGGUUUCUAAGAGAGCAUCGGUCCGAGUGGGCUGACUUCAAUGUUGAUGCAUAUUCUGCUGCAACGCUUAAAGCCGGUUCUUUUGCUUAUCCGGGUAUGAGGCCUACAAGGUUCACCGGGAGCCAAAUCAUAAUGCCUCUAGGACAUACCAUCGAACACGAAGAAAUGCUUGAAGUUGUUAGACUAGAAGGUCAUUCUCUUGCACAAGAAGAUGCGUUCAUGUCCCGUGAUGUCCAUCUUCUUCAGAUAUGUACUGGGAUUGAUGAGAACGCUGUUGGAGCAUGUUCAGAACUAAUAUUUGCUCCCAUCAAUGAGAUGUUCCCGGAUGAUGCUCCACUUGUUCCUUCUGGAUUCAGAGUCAUACCCGUUGAUGCUAAAACGGGAGAUGCGCAAGAUCUGUUGACCGCUAACCACCGGACGCUAGACUUGACUUCUAGCCUUGAGGUUGGUCCAACACCAGAGAACGCUUCUGGAAACUCUUCUUCUAGCUCAAGCUCAAGAUGUAUCCUCACCAUCGCGUUUCAGUUCCCUUUUGAAAACAACUUGCAAGACAAUGUUGCUGGUAUGGCUUGUCAGUACGUGCGGAGCGUGAUCUCAUCGGUUCAACGUGUUGCAAUGGCCAUCUCACCCUCUGGGAUAAGCCCAAGUCUGGGAUCCAAACUGUCCCCGGGGUCUCCUGAAGCUGUUACACUUGCCCAAUGGAUCUCACAAAGUUACACUCACCACUUAGGCUCGGAGUUGCUGACGGUUGACUCGCUUGGAAGCAACGACUCGGUAUUGAAACUUCUAUGGGAUCACCAAGAUGCCAUUUUGUGUUGCUCUUUAAAGCCUCAGCCAGUGUUUAUGUUCGCGAACCAAGCUGGUUUAGACAUGUUAGAGACGACGCUUGUAGCCUUACAAGACAUUACACUCGAAAAGAUCUUUGAUGAAUCUGGUCGAAAGGCUCUCUGCUCCGAUUUCGCCAAGCUAAUGCAACAGGGAUAUGCAUGCUUGCCUUCAGGAAUAUGUUUGUCUACGAUGGGAAGACAUGUGACUUAUGAACAAGCUGUUGCUUGGAAAGUGUUUGCUCCUGCUGCUGCAUCAUCCGAAAACAACGAUGGCAAUGAUAAUACUUUGCACUGUCUUGCUUUCUCCUUUGUAAACUGGUCGUUUGUGUAAUUUGUAUUUUCUUGUGAGGUUAUUUAGGAAGGGCUAAUCAAAUCUACAUUUAGACAACUCUGUUUUUUUUGGGAUGUGUAGACAUCUGUUUGUCUCUGUUUUGGUCAGAUGCUCCUCUCUUUUCAUUGUGUUGUAUUCUAGCGAGGAUUUAAAAAGAGACUUGGUAUGAUGAAUCUAUUUUAUGAAGGAGAUGAUUUGCCAUCU